AAUGUUUGUGUGAAUUCCUUUUCGAAACGCAACCAUGAAGAGUUUAGUAAUUAUUUUAAUGGUUAGUUUCUCGCUGUGUGCGGCAUCGGACCCCAGUGAAAAGAAGUAUGAAGUGGAAGCAAGGGGCAAAGCAAAGUACGCGUUAUUAAUGCAUUUCUUCUACGUGGUCGCUACGAAACUUUUCGUCCUGAAAAUGGUGUACGGCGCAUUAUUCUACAUACUCCUGACGAAAGGAUGGCAUUUCAUACUCUGGUUCAUCCACUACUUGAAGAAGAAGAGCCAUCAUCACCACGAGUACAUUGAUGAUCAUUACGAACAUGAUGAUCACGGUCACUAUGAUCAUGGAUAUGGUGCCUAUGACCAUCAGCCGUAUGUCUACGAUAAGGGAGGUUAUGGAGGUGGUUACGGAAGCAGUUAUAAGAAGAAUAUUUAUGACUCUGAUGGAUCCUAUUCAGUACAAGGACGAUGAUCUUUGAGUCAUAAGCUUUAUAAGUCGCUUAAGUACUGCCCAAGUAUUAUAUAAUAAUAAUAGUAUUAUAGUAUUAAUUGUACAUAAUAAUUUUAAGUAUGUCGAUUUGAGUGUGUUGUCAAAUAUACAGUCAUUGCUGGAGACCUCUUCGAAAGUUGGAGUAGCUUUUUUAUCGAAACUGAUAGAAAACGCAAUAUUAAGCUUAUUUAUUAAAUAACUUAUUUUAAAUCUUCCCCAUUAUAGGAAUUUAUUGAAGUCUUCUUAUCGGAGAAAAAUAAAAUCUUUCUUGAUAAUGAUGUCCUGACUCAUGAUAUUAUAGAAGAUCACAGUUUUUCGGUCAUUUUAAAUCUAGUCGGCUAUCAUCAUUAACUUUCCGUAAAUAAAACCGAUUUUACGAAUAAUUAUAGUGUGAACUCUUAUUUUCACCAUAAAUACAGGGUUUCUUCAAUAAAUUUCUAUAAGAUCGCAAUUCCUACACCGUCCUCUUACGAGUGUUCGAUGGUGUUAUUUAUGGGGUG